CAAAUAUCAGCAGAAGAGAUGCUGAAGACAACUAGGUGCACCGGAAGCAAAUCUGGGACAUUUCUUAUCCGUGAAAGCGAAACAAGUCAAGGCACAUAUUCACUUUCAGUUCGGGACAAUGACCCAUCUCGUGGAGACAUAAUCAAACACUAUAAGAUCAGAACUUUGGAUGGUGGAGGAUAUUAUAUUUCUCCAGCAUUUACAUUCUCUUCUCUGCAAGAACUGGUGCAGCAUUAUUCCAUAAAAUCUGAUGGUCUAUGUCAGAAACUCACGCAGCCCUGUCCGCCAAUAUCUAAAAGUGAAUGGAAGACUGAUGAAUGGGAAAUCCCACGAGAGUCAGUGAAAUUAGUGAAGAAACUUGGAGCAGGACAGUUUGGUGAAGUAUGGAUGGGAUACUAUAAAAAUCACACAAAGGUUGCUAUUAAGACUUUGAAAGAAGGCAAUAUGACUCCUGAGUCAUUCAUAGAGGAGGCUAACCUGAUGAAAAUGCUCCAGCACGAUAAAUUGGUUAGACUAUUUGCGGUGGUUACCAAAGAACCAAUUUACAUUGUGACAGAAUACAUGGCCAAAGGAAGUUUAUUAGACUUUCUAAAGUCAGAAGAAGGUGCAAGGCUACGGUUCCCAAAGCUGGUUGACAUGGCAGCACAGGUUGCAGAGGGAAUGGCGUAUAUUGAACGGAAGAAUUAUAUUCACAGGGACCUCAGAGCUGCUAACAUAUUGGUUUCUGAUAUUCUUUCCUGUAAAAUAGCGGAUUUUGGACUUGCCAGGAUCAUUGACAGUGAAUAUAUAGCAAAAGAGGGUACCAAAUUUCCAAUUAAGUGGACAGCGCCAGAAGCUAUCAACUAUGGAGUUUUCACCAUUAAAUCAGAUGUAUGGUCUUUUGGAAUCCUUCUUACUGAAAUUGUGACAUAUGGCCGCAUUCCUUACCCAGGUAUGACUAACCCUGAAGUUAUUCGUUUACUGGACCAAGGCUAUCGCAUGCCUUGCCCCGAGAACUGUUCUACAGAACUUUAUGACAUCAUGCUCAGAUGUUGGAAGGAAAAACUUGAUGACAGACCCACCUUUGAGUAUCUCCAGUCUGUUAUGGAAGAUUUUAGUACAGCAACAGAAAAACAAUAUGAAGAUGAACCAUAAGUAAAUGCUGUUUUUUGUUCAAAUGUGGAUGUCAAACUGAUGAAAUUAUAAAAGUCUUCAGCCAAUUGCAGGAUUGGCUAGUAAUUGAAAUCUCUAUCUAUAAAAAGACUUCAGAAUAUUAUAACCAAAAAAAGCUGAGAAAAUUGGGACUGUAUUAUUGUUUUUUAUUAUUGUUUUUAUCAUUAGUAUUAUUAUGUGACUAUAAUACUUCCCUCGAAAAUCUAAACAGAAAAGCCUGAACAUAGCUUCAGCCAAAGAUGUUUAGAUGUAAUAUGUCCAGUGAAUUGUUAUGAUCUUUGCAUAAAUAUGUACCGAGACAAAUUUAAACUCAUAUUUAGUAUUAUUUAAAAUUGUAUACAACACUUUUAGGUUUAUUGUAAAAUAUAAAAUUAUAUUCUGUGGCUUUUUCUUAAUGAUUUCAUUGUGAACAUUUUUUUUGUUUGUUUGUUUUUUAAAAAGUGAUUUUGCACAUUUUAAUCCAUCUGCAUGUUGUCUACUCAUUGUUAAACCAGAGUUUCUCUUAUCUAGUUCUGAUUGUCCCAUAAUCAUCAAGAUGGAUUUAUCUAUACACAGUUGGUAAAACCAUUAAAAUCUUGCCGUUUUGGUGGCACAUCAGGGUUGAGGUAGAAAAGCAUGAAUUUAGGCAUUAGGUAGCAUAUUUGCCAAUUAUUUAAAGAUUUAUAGUUUAAUUGCUUUAGUACAAUAUUGCACUGUUUAUUUAGUCAUGCAAAAGAACAUGCGUUUUAGAAUGUUGAAAUGUAUCAAGAUUUUUUUAUAAUAUAUCAUUUUCUUUAUGUACUGAUAUCUGACAUGAAUUAUUUUAACUAUUUGUAAAUCAUAAUAUAAUUGUUUUACAAUUGUUAAUUCUAUAGAUGUCCCAGGUGAGGCAUUCAGUGUGCUUUUGUGUACUUUGUCACCUGAUGUAACUCUUAACAGUAACUUCAGUGAUAUCAGGCAGUAUAGUGUAUGUGGCCAUAACAGUGUUGCUGCAAUAUUAAGGUCCUCAACUUUGCUGCAUUUAAAUGAUGCCCAGAUAUCACCAAGAAGGAUGGGGGUUAAUUAUUGGGGGGUACAUUAAGUCUCUUGAGACUGUUAAGCCAUGUUUAAUUUUAUAGUUAUUGAUUUAAACAUAAGAAUAUCUGUAAUUGACUAAAUAGCUUUGUAGUUUACCAACGUUGAUGUACAUUAUUAAGUUAUGCCUUUGUUUAGACAAUAUAGUGAUAAAGACAUGCAAUUCUGAAUGCAGAAAAAAGUGCCAACAUUUGGUUUAAGAUUGUUUUCUCUAUGACCUGGUAUCUGACAUGACUAUGUUUUAUAUUUGUAAUUCAUAUGAUUGUUCUGUUAAAAUGGUCCCUUCUAGAUAGAAACCUUGGGCUGACAUAGAGGGGUCUCAUAUACAAUGCAACAUCCUCCAAUAUUUCAGUCAGUGAGAUAAUACUGUGGGCAAUAUUAUGGCAACAAAACCAUAACCAUACCUAACUCUAACCUGGACACCAGGUGGUAUUGUGGCCAUCACAAAAGUGAUAUGUUGUGGUCUGUGAUCAUGUUGUGAUAAUAUUAUAGCUGAAGUUUUAGGGAGAGGGGUAACUUGAGACUGUAAAUGGGUGGUACAUUUUAGUUUGGAAGCGGUCAGUAGGUCAAGCAACAGUUGAGGGUCUUUUAAGGAAAAUUAGGGGGGAGAUUUACUAGGGUCAUCAUGGAGAAAAGUGAUUCAACCUCCUUUUUCAUUUGUCUCUGUUACAUAUUGUGUAUUUUGUGACAGUAGAGGUGGGGAAGUCCUUCAAUUGGGUGAAAGAGCAUGUAAAAAGGAAAUAUUGUCUGGUUAGAGUUCAUGGCUGUUAAUAACCCCUUCCCACCAAGUCAUCAGGAUUUAAAUGUGUAAAGUGGAAUAAAGGCUCCUCUAAGUUAGAUGGCAGCUAAUGGAGCAAUUAGUAAAUUUUUUGAGAUAAUAGUUACAAUUAAAUAUAGGGGUUUAUAAACUAUUUUAUUGUACUGUUGUAAAAUGGUUGCAUUAUUGUUUGCUUAACAAAUAUAUUGUAAUAAAUUAUGUGACUGUUUCCACAACAUAA